UCCCGACGGUCCGAAGCUCGCUUUCUCCCCAACAUCAGCGGAAUCGAGCUCAAGCUAGCCUCUGAGCUGUGUUUCUGUUCGUAAAGCCUCGCCGGCCUACUCUCGCGACUACCCGAAUGGCAACAACGAGCCAUGCGGACCCACGUACUUAACCCCCUGGCCGCGGCCGUGCUCUGCGUGCUCUUCCCGUCCGUGGUAUAUUCGGACGCACCCUCGAUCGGCUUGCAAUGGCCCUCAUCGGCCCCGUUAGCCCCCAGCCCAGAGGCCGCGCGUCGGAAUGCCUUCAAGAUCUUCAACGCCGUCCACUCGGCGGCCCGCCAGUGGGGCUCGUCCCUCGACCACAACGGCAUGUCCUUCUUCCUCGCCACCGUGCCCGAGGGCAGCGUCUUCUUCCACGGCGACAGCAAGCCGGACAGGCCCGAGGGCGUGGAGUGGCUCGCCUUUGAGAUGGAGCACGCCCAGGUGUUUGCCCGGUCCGAGGACCCCGAGAACUGGCCGCCUCAGGCCAGCCGGCAUGAUCUUCUUCGGUAUGAAGGACACGGCAGCAAAAGUCUCCUGGCCCAAGCCGCGCCGCGUCCGGCGGUUCCCGGUUAUCAACAACGCCCGAUGGUCUUGUCGGACGGCGAUUCCAGCGAGCCCGAUGAGCAUGGCGACGACGACGACGACGACGACGACGACAGGAGGCGCCGGUUGCGCCGGUUCCGCCCCGGCCGCGGCUACCUCCACACCUACCGCGCGCAGCGGCAGCUCAACCUACUCUACAUCGACGGCAUGGCGGCCGGCAAGUGCGCGUACGGGCCACUCGACACGCAGAACUACGUGCUGCUGGACUGGGAUGUCAGCAGGCCCGACGCUGGCUGGAACGACGAGCUGGCACGCGCCAAGCAGCUGUGCGACGUCGCCAAUACAUGGGGCGACGCCGGCACGCCCAUCGACGGCUUCGUGCGCAUGGAGGCCGGGUUCGAGAUCAUCUACUGCCAUUUUGAGGAGGGCGGCGGGCUGGAGCCCGUCGCCGUCGACGCCAGCCCCUUUAUGAACGAGACGGGCUGGGUGGACUGGGAGGUUUCUAGGUUUGAGUGGAUACGGGCAUCCACGCUGAGAUAUAACGGUCUCCCCGCCGACAGGAUAACCAUCGACUGGUCGAGCAUGGUCUCGGUCUUCUUCUACGACGUCAACAUCACGAAUCCGGACCCGAAGCGCCCCGAGCUCCCGCGGGUCCUCAACACCACCGCCCGGGAGCGGCAGGCCAUCAAGCAAAGGGUCGGCGAGGUCCUCCAGGAGCGGCACCCAGCAAACAGACACGGCGAGGCGGCCGCCCGGACAAACAUCAACUGGCAGGGGGUGGUGGACAUGAUCGUGACGAGGUACUCGGACCGGCUCGCCCUGCUGGCCAGCGGCGACCUGUCGACCGGCGAGUCGCGCUCCAUGGCCAACUUCCUGCUCUCGCCCUUCACCGACGCCGCCGGCGGCCCCGCGCCGUACCGCCCGUCGCUCGAGCGCUGCGCGUCGCUCCACCUCGGGCCCGCGCUCGCGCGCAACGGCACCUCGGCCUGGACGGCCCAGGACGAGCUCAUCGGCGCGGCCGUGGGGGCCGUGUCGCGCCGCAUCUGCCAGGUGCUCGUCGACGCGUGGGUGGCGCUCGGCGGCUCCGGGUCCCGACGAGGGCAGCAACGACGGCAGGAGGAGCAAGAGGAGGUCGGGGAAGAGACGGUCAGGGUGGACGAGUGGGUGGCAGGGCUUGUCGGGGAGCUGGGCUGGACGACGUGGCGCGAGUGCGGCAAGUGCGCGUCGCCACGCGAGGUCUGCUUCGUGGCCAUGUUCCCCUUGGGCGGGCCCGAGGACCACUAUGCACCUCGGUGCAGGAACGCCACCGAGCUGGGCCGCGGAGGCGGGAUGAGCUACUGGCGGUGGGAUCCACGCGGCAACAACUCUGCGGCUGCGUCGGGCGAGUCGCCUUGACGUGAGAGCCUAUCUACGUACGUGCCAUGUAGUCGCACGAUAACAUGUUGUUUGGGGCUUGCAAGGAGAUGUGUGCUCAUGUCGUGGGUGGCGCUGUUGGGCGCAUGUCAUGCGGGACGAAGCGGCGCACUGAUAGAUAAUUGGCAAUACGGUGGUCGACGUCUAACCCCCCGACAGCAGCACGUAGCCGUUGCGGUUCCCGAAACGUGCAGGAUAGAACACAGCUGCUCUGCAGGGGCUGAUAUCGCCGUAUGAGCAAUCCUAGGUGGCGCCUACCGCCUAGAUAGUCCUGACCGAGGUGGCUGCCUCUAUCUCGGCUCAUUCGGGAUGUCGACGGGCCGGAUGCCAC